AUGGCGACUUCGAAGCUUCAAGCUCUAUGGAAUCACCCUGCUGGUCCUAAAACCAUUCAUUUCUGGGCGCCAACGUUCAAGUGGGGUAUUAGCAUUGCCAACAUUGCUGAUUUUGCCAAACCUACUGACAAAAUCUCCUACCCUCAACAGUUUGCUGUUGCAUGCACUGGAGUUAUCUGGUCUCGCUACAGCAUGGUUAUCACUCCUAAAAACUGGAACCUCUUUAGCGUUAAUGUUGCUAUGGCCGGGACUGGCAUUUACCAGCUUGCUCGUAAAAUUAAAAACGAUUUUGCAUCUGAAGAGGAGCCUAUUAUUGCCAAAGAAUGACUCUGACGAAGUAAGGAUCUUCGUGCUUGUUGCUUGAAAAUCAAGUCCCAAGAUUUUUUCUUUUUCUUUUCAUCUUUAAAGGAGAUCAUAUGCUACUUUGAGUCGAACUAAUAAUCACACCAGAAAAAAACAAUAGAAAACAAGAAUUCUCA